AUGUCGGAUUCAAUAGACCGUGUAUUCGUGAAGGCAAUUUCCACCAUAAGAGCACUAUCCACCAGAUCAGGAUAUGGAUCUUUACCUAGACCACCAGUGGAAAAUCGUAUAAGACUAUAUGGGUUAUAUAAACAAGCAACAGAGGGAAAUGUUGAAGGGAUAAUGGAGAGACCAAUAGGUUCAACGCCAGAAGACGAAAGUGCACGUCGAAAAUAUGAUGCAUGGAAAUCAGAAGAAGGAUUGAGCAAAACAGAGGCUAAGCGUCGGUAUAUUUCUUAUUUGAUUGAUACUAUGAAAACAUACGCUAGUGGUACUCAUGAAGCUCGUGAAUUAUUAGGAGAAUUGGAAUAUCUAUGGGAUCAAAUCAAAGAUGUUAUACCAACUCCCUCACCUCCAAUGACACCAAUACCGCAAUUGAUAGGAGCUGGUAGUCUUGGUGGUAGUUUGUAUGGUGACUCGUUCUUGGAUGAUAGAAGCGGGUUUUUACACAAUAGCUCUAUAAGACAUCAUCAUCAUAAUAAUAGCCAUGGGGAUAAUUCUUAUCUCAGUAGAGAUGUUGCUGUAUUGAAAAAAGAAGUUAGUGUUGCACUUAGAAGAAUCAAUGAUGAAUUGAAUCAAAUCAAUAAUAAAAAAGAUGAAGAGGGACAUUAUAAAAAGAGAUCAAAUCAAUACGGUUCAAAAGGAAUCUUUGAAAAUGAAACAUUGAAAAGAUUUGGUAGAAUUUUGUUAAAAAUUGUUGGAGGUGUUGUUAAAAGAUUUAUAAUUGAUAUUGUUGUAUUGAUUAGUGUUAUAAAAUUUAUCAAGUUUAAGAAUGGGUUAGAUAUUAACCUAUUGAAUGGACAAAGUGGGUCCACAACAGCAGGUGAUGUUGGAGUUGAAAAAAGUUUAAUAACAAGAUUUUUGUUCACGGUGUUCAAACUGCUAAAUAAAGUGAAUUUGGUGAAUUUCAAUCGGCUUUAUAUUGAAAUUGAUUGA